CCCGGGCCUCUGCAGCCGGGACGCCGGCGGAAGUGGGAGCGCCGGCCGUCGCGGACCUCGGCGAUGUUUGAGCAGCGACCUGAGUGCAGUGAGGGAGGAAGGUGAGCCAUGGAUCCGGAAAUAUAGAUGAGGAACCAGAGCAGGGAGGCUGCCAUAGAGUCGCAGUGACCUGCCCAGAUCCCUGGUAAUGAAUCUGGGAGGGCUAAGAACCCCCCGGGCUCCCCGAAUCCACACCUUCAUCCUCUCUGCUGCGGGGGUCCUUUCUUGCAAGGAGCUCACGGGUGAGCUGCAGACACAGGAAGAGCCUCACAAGGAAAAGGUUCAUCUUAAUCUCCCCCGCACGAGAAGCUACCGUGAACCACGCGCCCCCAUCCUGCAGGAGCCUGUCGCAUCCUGAUAACCCGCUGAGGUCACCCAGCGAAGCGGGCCUGUGAGCUCAAUCUCCACUGCAUUCGUUCAUGCAGGAGCAGUGUUGAAGGGGCCGGGUCUUUGUGUCCCUGCCACACAGGGCUCCAGGAGCUGGGGAUACAGCCGAAGGCAAGAAGCGAGGCCGCUGCCCACGGCCAGGACAAUGCAGACUCCGCUGACCAUUCCUGUACCUGUGCUCCGGCUUCCCCGCGGCCCGGAUGGCUUGAGCCGCGGCUUUGCCCCAGAUGGACGCAGGGCCCCCCUGAUGCCAGAGGGUCCCGAAGCCCCGGGGUCUGCCGUAGUUCGAGACUCUCGGGAAUCCCAGGAACAGCAGGCACGAGCUGCACUCCGGGAACGCUACCUCCGCAGCCUGCUGGCCAUGGUGGGUCACCAGGUGAGCUUCACACUGCACGAGGGCGUGCACGUGACUGCCCACUUUGGAGCCACCGACCUGGACGUGGCCAACUUCUACGUGUCGCAGCUGCAGACGCCCAUUGGUGUGCAGGCUGAGGCACUGCUGCGGUGUAGUGACAUUAUUGCGUACAGCUUCAAGCCCUAAACACGUUACUACGGUCAUCUUUCUGCUUUGGGCCUCGCCCCGGGGCCCCAGCCCUCCACACAUGGUCGUGGGCCCCAGAGAGUUUGGAAUGCCCUUGGAAUUUUGAGCCGAGCUCCAAGCACCUCUGGCUUCCUGGGACCUCCAGGGUGCAGUCAGUAAGAUUCUACAACCCCAGGAGUUCUAGAGCCCGUUGAAGUGAAGGCUCUACCUCACAGAACUAUAAACUCUAAAAACAGGGCCACUUGCCAGUUCCUGAAGACUGGGGGUUGGGGGUGGAAGGCAAAUCGCAGAGUAGGAAAUUGUUUCUUGAAGUUGCAAAGGUCAGCCACCCUGAAGAUACUCUCCUCCUACUAAAGAACCAAUUAUCCCAGGAAAA